AUGGCCGCUCACUCAGACGUCAUUAAACCUGAUGCGUUCGACGGCACAUGUUUUAAACGCUGGCAGAUUAAGACUAGGAUGUGGUUGACCGACCUGAAGUUGUUUUGGGUCGUGACGAGUGUUCUCCCUGAGACUGCGCUAGCAGAUGCUGAUGCGACAAUGAAGGCCAUCGCUGAUGCGGAAAAGGCCAAGGAUAUCUGGGAUGAGCUAGAGAGCAAGUUUUCAGAGGUGGAUAAUGGCAACGAGUCAUUCACGACAGAAAAUUUCCUCAACUAUAAAAUGUAUGAGGGAAGGUCUGUGAUGGAGCAGCUACAGGAGCUUCAGCUCAUAGUCAAGGACUUAGUCCAGUACAACUGCAUCCUUCCAGAUAAUUUUCUAGUGAAUGCCAUUUUGGCAAAGCUGUCGUCCUCGUGGCGUGACUUCGUGACCACUCGCUAUUACAUGAAGAAGCAAAUGACACUCUCUAAGCUGUCUGCUGCUAUCAAUGCCGAGGAACGUGCAAGGGCCAGCAACAAGCCAUCACCACAGGUCCAGGCUCACCUAGUGGAGAAGGGGUCAUCGUCGAGAUUCCAGAACCAGAAGCAGAAGAAGUACAAUGCUCAACCUCCAUAG